GCCAUUUUGUCAGUCGCCAGAGGAUCCCGCGCGCUGGAGAAGUGCAGUUCCCCCCUGGUUACCAACUCGUCCGUUCUCCCUUCGCGCUGCGGGCGCCGUCGAAGAGCGCUCACCAAAGGCGCAGCCGUUCUUCCCUGCAGUGUUUCUGCUGUUGCACCGGCCGGAACUAGUGAGCUGUCUUCCUCCCCCUGCCACUGACAGGCGCCCUCAGGGAGCCGCCGUCCGUGAUGUCAAGCGAGGAGAGCUACCGGGCUAUCCUGCGCUACCUGACGAACGAGCGCGAGCCGUACGAGCCGGGCACCGAGGGUAAUGUCAAGCGUAAAAUCCGCAAGGCUGCCGCCUGCUACGUCGUGCGCGAAGGGACUUUGUAUUACCAGCGGCGGCAGCGACACCGCAAGACCUUCGCGGAGCUGGAGGUGGUACUGCAGCCGGAGCGGCGCCGGGGCCUCAUCGAGGCUGCGCACCUGGGCCCGGGUGGCACUCACCACACCCGGCAUCAGACCUGGCACCUCUUGUCCAAGACGUACUGGUGGCGAGGCAUAUUAAAGCAAGUCAAAGAUUACAUUAAACAAUGUAGCAAAUGCCAGGAGAAAUUAGACCGUUCCCGUCCAAUAUCAGAUGCUUCAGAAAUGUUGGAAGAGUUGGGAAUAGACCUAGAAUCUGGAGAAGAAAGUAAUGAAUCAGAGGAUGACCUGAGCAACUUUUCUUCACCUCCAACUACAUCCUCCAAGCCUGCAAAAAAGAAGCCAGUAUCCAGACAUGAACUUGUAUUUGUUGACACCAAAGGAGUGGUAAAACGUUCUUCUCCAAAACAUUGUCAGGCUGUUUUAAAACAGCUGAAUGAACAGAGACUUUCCAACCAGUUCUGUGAUGUUACUUUGUUAAUUGAAGGAGAAGAGUACAAAGCUCAUAAAUCUGUUUUGUCAGCCAAUAGUGAAUAUUUUCGAGAUCUUUUUAUUGAGAAAGGAGCUAUUUCCAGUCAUGAGGCUGUGGUGGAUCUUUCGGGUUUUUGUAAGGCAAGCUUCCUUCCUUUACUGGAAUUUGCCUAUACUUCUGUGUUGAGUUUUGAUUUCUGUAGCAUGGCUGAUGUAGCCAUCUUAGCUCGUCAUCUUUUCAUGUCAGAAGUUUUGGAAAUUUGUGAAAGUGUACAUAAACUAAUGGAAGAGAAACAGCUAACAGUAUAUAAGAAGGGUGAAGUACAAACGGUCGCAUCUACCCACGACUUACCAGAACAGAAUAGAGGUACAGCACCUCUUGUGACUAGCAAUGAAGGAACCACAACAACUUUAUCUACUGAACUGGGGGAUUGUGAAAUUGUACUACUGGUAAAUGGAGAAUUGCCAGAAGCUGAGCAGAAUGGAGAGCUAGGACGACAGCCUGAGCCCCAGGUUUCUUCAGUGACUGAAGCUGCUCUGUCAUCUGUAGGAUGUAUAACUGAUUCCCAUCCUGAAAUGGAGUCUGUUGAUUUACUAACAAAAAACAGGCAGACAGAACUAGAAACUUCAAAUAGCAGAGAAGAUAGCACAAUUUCUAAUAUUGAUCCUAAACUUCCAAAAGAGAAUAUAAUCAGUAGUUCUCCAGAAAACAGUGAAAUGGGAAAUGAUUCAUCACUUGAGGAUAUCUGUGCUGAAGACAUUCCAAAACAUAGGCAGAACUCUGGCCAACCUUUAAAUGAUCAGGAAAGUCUAGUUGCACUGACAGCAGACACAGACCUUGGCCCUGAUGAUGAUACUUACAGAAGUAGGCUUCGGCAGCGUUCUGUUAAUGAAGGGGGUUAUAUGCGACUACAUAAGGGAAUGGAGAAAAAGCUGCAGAAACGGAAAGCCAUUCCCAAGUCAGCAGUUCAACAGGUGGCCCAAAAGUUAGUUCAAAGAGGAAAAAAGAUGAAACAGCCAAAAAGGGAUGGUAAAGAGAACAACGAAGAAGCAUCUCAUAAAUGUGGGGAGUGUGGAAUGGUUUUUCAGAGACGAUAUGCCCUUAUCACGCACACGCUGAAACAUGAAAGAGCUAAAGAUUACAAAUGUCCGUUGUGUAAAAAACAGUUUCAGUACAGUGCCUCCUUGCGAGCACACCUUAUUCGACAUACCAGAAAAGAUGCACCCACUUCAUCCUCGACCAGUUCCACAUCUAAUGGGGCAUCAGGAACGUCAUCUGAGAAGGGCAGAACCAAACGAGAAUUUAUAUGUUCCAUAUGUGGAAGGACAUUACCUAAAUUAUAUUCUCUUCGAAUACAUAUGUUAAAGCACACAGGUGUAAAGCCACAUGCAUGUCAGGUCUGUGGAAAGACUUUUAUCUAUAAGCAUGGUCUAAAAUUACACCAGAGUCUCCAUCAAUCACAAAAACAGUUUCAGUGUGAACUAUGUGUUAAGUCAUUUGUUACCAAACGGAGUCUUCAAGAACAUAUGAGUAUUCACACAGGAGAGUCCAAGUAUCUUUGCUCAGUUUGUGGAAAAUCUUUUCAUAGGGGCUCUGGGCUCAGCAAGCACUUAAAGAAACACCAGCCAAAGCCUGAGGUUCGAGGCUAUCAUUGUACUCAAUGUGAAAAAAGUUUUUUUGAAGCUAGAGAUCUUCGCCAGCACAUGAACAAACAUCUUGGUGUGAAGCCAUUCCAGUGCCAAUUUUGUGAUAAGUGCUAUAGUUGGAAGAAAGAUUGGUAUUCCCAUGUGAAGUCUCAUUCUGUCACUGAGCCUUACAGGUGUAAUAUAUGUGGCAAAGAAUUUUAUGAAAAAGCAUUGUUUAGAAGGCAUGUAAAGAAAGCUACCCAUGGGAAAAAAGGAAGAGCAAAGCAAAACCUGGAACGGGUAUGUGAGCAGUGUGGAAGAAAAUUCACUCAGCUGAGAGAGUACAGGAGACACAUGAACAACCAUGGAGGAGUUAAGCCAUUUGAAUGCUUAACAUGUGGAGUAGCCUGGGCAGAUGCCCGAUCUCUAAAACGCCAUGUCAGAACACAUACUGGAGAGCGUCCCUACGUCUGUCCCGUGUGUAGCGAAGCCUACAUAGAUGCCCGAACACUCCGUAAACAUAUGACUAAAUUCCACAGAGACUAUGUGCCUUGCAAAAUUAUGCUGGAAAAAGACACCCUUCAGUUUCAUAACCAAGGAACUCAAGUGGAGCAUGCUGUUAGCAUCUUAACAGCAGACAUGCAGGAACAAGAAAGCAAUGGUGCUCAAGAACUUGAGACUGUGGUAGUGACAGGAGAAACUAUGGAAGCUCUUGAAGCUGUUGCAGCUACUGAAGAGUGUCCAUCGGUGUCUACGCUUUCUGACCAAAGUAUUAUGCAAGUGGUUAAUUAUGUAUUGGCACAACAGCAAGGACAGAAACUAUCUGAAGUUGCAGAAGCUAUUCAAACUGUUGAAGUAGAGGUGGCACAUAUUUCAGAAGCAGAAUGAAGAUGAGAAGUGACAUCUAAUGUACGCUGAACUCGCAGAAUAUUUGUUUACAAAACCAGUAACUACCCACUUAGAGUUUAUAUGUCAAGGCUCUGGGCUGUUUGGUGACGUGAUAUUUCUGGCCAGUGGGUUCUGUAGAAAAGUUCAUUUACUGUAAAGAAAUUGAAAGCAAAUCUAUUUGAUGGCAGUGGCUUAUCAUGAUAUACCUUUAUGAAUUAAUGUUUAUAAAUGACUAUACUAAACUUAAAAUUAUACAGUUUCAUUUACAUUUUGACAUUAU